GUUAAAGUAACCAAAGACAACCUUACAUUACAUUCCAUAUUUGUAAAGAGAAAUUUAAUAAUCGACGACACUAAAUUUAAUCAAAUAAAAUGGAAUCAGAACGAUUUAUGUUAAAGUCUUUAAGGCAAGAUAUAACACAAAAUCAUUUACAACUGCGUGCAUUGAUACAGGAUAUCGGCGCAUGCGCUGGCACUCUGACUGAACUGCAAGGUUUAAACGGCGCGGGACGUUCAAAAAUAUCCGCGUUAAGGAAGUUCAUCGAUCAAUUUGGUGAUAUUGCCAAAGAAGCAAGGAAUACAGAAUUAUUAAAAGAAGUCGUGUCACAAAGAGAACAAUUAAAGAAAGCUAUGGACGAUUUUAAAAAGGCAAACAUAAAAUCAAUGCUAACAAUUGAAAAAAACAUGAAAGAGGAGUUAUUAAAAUCAAAUAAUGAAGAAACUAACAUAAGACAUCGCCAAAAAAGGGAUAAGGAGCAUUUGGUUAAGGUGACUUCAAGCGUAACCGAUCAAUUGAUGUCUAUUAGUCGAUUAUUAGCAGAUACGACUAAAAGGAGUGCUGAAACUUUAGAUACGUUAGUGAUUUCGUCUGAUAGUGUUACCGGAACACAAGAAGAGUUAAAAGUCACUGCUGGGUUUAUUGGUCAAUCUGGAAAGUUGUUAAAUAAAUUUGGAAGGAGGGAAUUUACUGAUAAAAUACUAAUGUUUAUUGCUUUUACAUUCUUUAUUGCUUGUGUAUUGUAUAUUGUACAGAAACGAAUGUUUUAAGCGUGUAAAUUAAAAUAAAUUAUUUUUUCCCUUUUUAAA